ACGUAGGGUUGAAGCUCUCGGGGUUCUUGCCUUCGGGACAGGAUUUUGUAUUCUUGUCUUGUGUCUGCAGUUUCUGCUCUGUUCUUCAUUUUCUGUGUGCGAUCAACGAUGCCGCCGCGUGCAGUGAAGUGGCCGUCUACAGCGUCCGCACUGAAGAAAAAGUCACGGGCGAAAACCCCAGUGGAGACGAAAGAGGAACCAAGAGAAGUUGAAACCCUCCAAAACAACACCAACCACAGCACUGUCAGUGAAAAAAACGAAGAACACAUUGAACCCUUUCCAACUCCGAAAGAGGGAAAGGAGGAGAAUGAUGUUACCAUUGGUUACCACGAGGUCGACAGAUCGGAAAGGUUGGAGCUUGAAGACAAUUACCCCCAUUUUGAAGCGGAGGAUUAUGGUGGGACACAAAUGGGGAUGGAAGGUGAGGAAGAAGAACAUUAUGAGGGGAAGAUUGAUGGAGAUCAUAUGAUGGAAGAUGUGAUGGAAGGGGAGGGCGAGGAGGAUGGACAUGCUGAGGAGGUUGAUGGUGAAGAAGAGGAAGAGCACCAUGAUGUAGCAAAGGAGCGGCAGGAGCGGCGCAAAUGCAAGGAAUUCGAGGUCUUUGUUGGAGGGUUGGAUCGAGAUGCUACUGAAGAGGAUCUCAGGAAGGUUUUCAUCCAGGUUGGUGAGGUCACUGAAGUAAGACUUAUGAUGAAUCCAAUGACUCAUAAGAAUAAGGGCUUUGCUUUCAUACGCUUCGCAACCGUUGAGCAGGCUAGACGAGCCAUCAAUGAACUUAAGCACCCAACGGUCAAUGGAAAACAGUGUGGGGUGUCUCCAAGUCAGGACAGUGAUACUCUGUUUGUUGGCAACAUAUGCAAGACAUGGACGAAAGAAGCUCUGAAAGAAAAGCUUUCACUAUAUGGUGUUGAUAGCUUCGAGGAUUUGACAUUAGUUGAGGACUCAAAAAAUGAAGGAAUGAAUCGGGGAUUCGCUUUUCUAGAUUUCCCUUCUAGGGCAGAUGCCUUGGAUGCAUGCAAGCGCUUGCAGAGGAUGGACGUUGUGUUUGGUACAGAUCGGACUGCAAAGGUUGCUUUUGCAGACACUUUUAUUGAACCAGAUGAUGAAAUAAUGUCACAGGUUAAAACAAUAUUCAUUGAUGGUCUGCCUCCUGCUUGGGAUGAGGACCGGGUCAGAGAGCCUCUAAAAAAGUAUGGGAAGAUUGAAAAAGUUGAACUUGCUCGGAACAUGCCGGCUGCUAAAAGAACAGAUUUUGGUUUUGUAACAUUUGACACACACGAUUCUGCGGUGGCUUGUGUUGAAGGUAUUAAUAAUACUGAGCUCCAUGAUGGCGAUAAGAAGGUGAAGGUUAGGGCCAGGCUGUCAAGACCACGCCAAAGAGGCAAGUCAGCAAAACAUGCCCGAGGAGGUUAUUUAGUUGGACAUAGUGGUCAUCGGGGUGGCAGGGCCUGGAGCUCCAGUAUGCCCCGUAUGGAUUCCUGGAGGUUUGCAGGGCGCAGUGAAAGAGUCACUCAAAGUCGUAACUCAUAUGGUGGUGGUUAUAAGCGGCCAUUUGAUCCCAGAGACAGGCAUCCACCUGUGGAUAUCAUCCCUGAGAGAGUUGGGGAUAGAAGGAGAAUGCCCUCUCUACCAAGGUCCUAUGAUCGGAGGUCUCCUGGUCCUGCUUAUGGAAAGAGAAGCUCAAGGAGAGAUUAUAUGUGGCAUGAUGAACCUCUUCCUAGAUCAUCUGAUAACACUAGAGCUCAUUCUGAGAGGCAAUCGUCCUACAGAGAUGCUUACCCUUCUCGUGGACCGAGGUACCCAUACAGUCCUCCAAGAAGCACCUCUCAUGGUGCUGCUCGUAGACCACCUCCUCUUUAUGCUGAAGAAAGUUAUGGAAGACCAGUGGAGCGUCCUUCAAGCUACCGUGACAGUAAUAGUCGCGAUUACAGUUCUAUUUCUGGCUCUAAGCGUCCUCAUUCUGCAAUGGAAGAACUUCAUCCUCAGUAUACUGAGUCCACAGUUAGGCAAUCAAGAGCUCGCUAUGAAUAUGAAGGCAGCAGUGCUGCCAUGUCAUACAAUGAUAGUGCUUAUGGAGGCGAGUCCACCAGGAUGGGGCGUGGUUCUCAUCUAGGUUAUGAUGGGGGUAGCCGGAGUUCUGCAGGUCAUUCUCAUGGGUUGUAUGACUCACGUACAUCACGUAUGGGGUACAGCAGAGGUAUGGAAGCAAGCAGAGGUGAUGCUGGAGGAAUGUACUCCAGUUAUGGCAGGGAUUAUGUGUCUCGGGAUUACAUUUCUACUGAAGAAGAUGUGGAUGCUGGUUCAUAUUCAUCUCUCUACUCUAAUCGCCGCAUGAGUGAUGGUUACUUAAGUGGGAGAGGUUCGGGAUCCUAUUAUUGAGGUGACUUUGCUUUUGGUUACUCCAUGGUGUUGUCUCUGAUUUUGCUACAGAUAGAGCAUAAGAGACAUGACUCAGCCUGUCAAUUGUAAGAACAAAUCCUUGGAAGCUGAUUAUCUGGGAAGCUUAGCAGGAAAGUCUGCCUGAAAAUUCCAAAACAUUGUCUUCUUUAAUGGAUGGAAUUUCGCUAUGUGGAUAGGUCUUUGAUUACUUAAAAGACUUUCGAAGAGAUCAACCUAUUCAGUUCAUCUCCUGUACUCUGGAAAGAUUGAUUCUAGGAUUUUAGUUAUUUAUAUAAAUCCAAGGAUGAGACAGUGUAGGGUUUAACUUCUUAGGAGAAUUGAGAAAUAUGGCUCGGCCAUUCAAAAGUUGAAAUUGUGUUUGAAAGAGGAGCUCAAAUCCAUAAUGUAUGACAUGGUGAUGCUAUUUAUAGACAUGUUUGAUCCUA